AUGGACCAGGCGCUGAGCAACUUCCGCCAGGUGAGCCAGAGCGGCCGCGAGGUCGUCUGGGUCGGGUCGCCCAUCAACGCCCAGGUGAGCGUCGGCGAGCAGCGCGAGAUCCGCGAGCGGCUCCUCCGCGAGCGCAAGUACGCGCCCGUGUUCCUCGACCCGAAGCGCGAGCGGCUCUUCUACGACGGCUUCUGCAAGCGCGUGCUCUGGCCCCUCUUCCACAGCUCGCCGCCGACGACGGAGGACACGGCGCAGCUCUGGUCCGCGUACGUGUCCGUGAACCAGGCGUUCGCGGACGCCGUGCGCGACGUCGCCGCAGACGGCGAUUUGAUCUGGAUCCAGGACUACCACUUCAUGCUCCUGCCGUCCAUGCUCCGCGCGCUGAGCCCCCACGCGAAGCUCGGCUUCUUCCUGCACGUGCCGUUCCCGUCGUCGGAGCUGUACCGGACGCUGCCGUUCCGCGAGGAGGUGCUCCACGGGCUGCUCGCGGCGGAUCUAUUGGGGUUCCAGACCUACGACUACGCGCGCCACUUCCUGAGCUCCUGCGAGAUGGUGCUGGGCAUCGAGACGUCGCCGGACCGCAUCGAGCACGACGGCCACCAGACGCGCGUCUGCGUCUGCCCCGUGGGCAUCGAGCCGUCGUCCGUCGUCGCGCGGUCCACGGCGGCGCCGACGCUGGCCGCCAUCCAGCGCCUCGAGAGCCAGCUCGCGGGGCGGACGCUGUUCCUGGGCGUCGACACGCUGGACCCGACGAAGGGCCUCGUGCACAAGCUGCUGGCCUUCGAGGAGCUCUUCCAGCGCCACCCGGAGCUCGCGGACGAGCUCGUCUUCGUCCAGGUCGUGCUGGGGCGCGGCGGCGCGGCGACGCAGGACGCGGAGCAGGGGCCGGCCUUUGGGAACCUCCACGCCAUGGUGUCGCGCAUCAACUCGCAGUACGCGACGCUCGACUUCGAGGGGCCCGUGCAGUACUUCGCGGCCGACGCGCGCGCGAUGCCCGGCGAGGCGACGCUCGCGGCGCUCUUCUCCCUCGCCGACGUGCUCGUCAUCACGCCCAUCCGCGACGGCAUGAACGUCGUGCCCUUCGAGUACCUCGUCGCGCGCGAGGCCCACGAGAAGAUCGGCGCGGUGCUCCUCUCGGAGUUCGCGGGGUGCGCGCGGUCGCUCGGCGGCGCGGUGCUCGUGAACCCCUGGGACACGGCGCGCCUCCGGUCGCUCCGCGCGCGCGGCGUCGAGCGGAGACGCGCGCACGAGCACAUGCUCCAGUACGUGUCGACGUUCACCGCGCGGUCCUGGGCGAAGCGGUUCCUCGAUCAAUUGACGGAGGCGUCCGAGACCAAGGCGAGCCGCACGCUGUGCCGCGAGCUCACGGUGCCCCAGCUGCUGCAGCCCUACGCGAAGACGUCGCGGCGCCUCGUGGUCUUCGAGCUCGAGGGCGUCCUGGCGAAGCCCACGGCGCUGUCGGAGCUCAUCGACGUCGGCGAGCGGACCUUGGACCACAUCGCCGCGCUCUGCCGCGACGACUGCAACCGUUUAGUCGUCGUGCUGAGCGCGCGGACGGCCGACGCGCUGAGCCGCAUCUUCGCGCCCAUCGCCGAGAAGCACGUGAACCUCGCCCUCGCCGCCGAGGAGGGCCUGAGCGUGCGCUGGCGCGGCGACGAGCCCUUCGAGAUGCAGGUCAGCGACUUCGACCUCGACAUGUCGUGGGCCGACGACGCGGCGCCGCUCAUCGAGUACUACACGGAGCGGACGCCGGGCUCCGUCGUCGAGAAGAAGGAGAGCGGCCUCGCCUGGCACUACCGGGACUGCGACCUCAACCACGGCGCCUGGCAGGCGCGCCAGCUCCAGGUCGCGCUCGGCGAGCUCGCGAAGCACGUGCCCCUGUCGGUCUUCUCGGGCGACAAGUUCAUCGAGGUGCGGCCCAUGCGCCUGAGCGUGCCCAACGUCCUGGACCUCGCGCUCCGGCGCCUG